CUAAACUCCCCUCCUGGUUGCGCAGAGGGCUGUUGUCUGGGACAGUGAUCUAACUGUGACCAGAGACACACUUCUGGACCAGAACUGCUUUCUUCCGCAACUUCAGUGCUUCUUCCUGGGAGAUCAAAGGACAUGAGAAACGGCACUGCAAUCACAGAAUUCGUCCUCCUAGGCUUCCCAGGCAUCCAAGGCUUCCAAGCCCUUCUCUUCAUGGUGAUCUUUCUCAUCUACAUAUUAACCCUUUCAGGUAAUGGACUCAUUAUUUUCCUUGUCUGGGUUGAGCCCAGGCUACAAACUCCAAUGUACUUCUUCCUUUGCAACCUAGCCUUCCUAGAGAUCUGGUAUACCACCACCGUCAUCCCCAAACUGCUGGAAACCUUUGUGGUACCAAAAACAGUCAUCUGCACCACCUGCUGCCUGCUGCAGGCUUUUUUCCACUUCUUCCUGGGUACCACUGAGUUCUUGAUCCUAGGCACCAUGUCUUUUGACCGCUACCUGGCCAUCUGUAAGCCCCUCCGUUACCCCACCAUUAUGACCAGCAGUCUCUGCAUGCAGCUGGCCCUCAGCUCCUGGCUAGCGGGCUUCACCAUCGUCUUUUGUCAGACAAUGCUGCUUGUCCAGUUGCCGUUCUGCGGCAACAAUGUCAUCAACCAUUUCUACUGUGAUGUGGGUCCCAUUCUGAAAGCUGCCUGUGCCGACACCAGCAUUUUGGAACUACUGGGUCUCCUGGCAACCAUCCUCGUGAUCCCAGGAUCACUCCUCUUUACCAUCAUUUCUUACGUCUACAUCUUAUCCACCAUCCUACGGAUUCCUUCAGCCUCUGGCCGCCAAAAGGCUUUUUCUACCUGUGCCUCUCACCUGACAGUUGUCUCUCUGCUCUAUGGAGCUGUCUUGUUCAUGUACCUGAGACCCACAGCACACUCUUCCUUUAAGAUUAAUAAGGUGGUGUCCGUGCUAAAUACUAUCCUCACACCCCUUCUUAAUCCCUUUAUUUACACUAUUAGAAACAAGGAGGUGAAAGGGGCCCUAGGAAAAGCCAUGAGUUGUCCAAAAGCUCAUCUUGCAAAGUGAAACCUGCAACACAUCAAAUUGAGCCUAAUGUAGACUUUAAUGCAAGGACUGAUAGUGAGGCAAACUUGUAGAAAAGUUUGACAAAAUCUCUGCCUAUGACUGACCUCAGCCCUCUGCAUGUGUGUGAGAGUUGUGUAGCUUGGUCUCUGUCGCCAGCGCUUAGCUGGCCUUUGGGAAUCUGUUCCCCAUGCUGGAUUACUUGGCCCAGCCUUGACACAAAAGGAGGGCUCUCAAUCCUGCCUCAACUUGACACGUCAUGUUUGUUCAAGUCCAUGGGAGGCCUGCCCCUUUCUGAAUGGAGGCUGAGAAGUGAAAGGGGAGGUGGCAGAUGGGAAGUGGGGAUAGGAGGGACAGGAGGAGAGCAGGGAAGGGAAACUGUGAUCAAUAUGUAAAAUAAAUGAAAAAAUGUUAUUUAUAAAAUAAAGCAAAAAUCUCCCCUAUAUACCAGAAGCGUUAGUACAGAAUUAUCCCCAGACAGAGAUAUGAAAAAAAGACAAAAAUAUAAUCUCCUAUCAGAGUUAGGAUCUCCAUUAAAUUUUAUAAAAUGAAUUUGUAUUUGUUAUAUAUAAAUGAACUUGGAUUUCUCCUUAAAGGAGAAAAGUCAUCUAAAUUUUCAUCAAAAAAAAAUGUCUUGAUUCCCUAAGAUGCAUGAGGCAGAACUCAGGACUUUCUUAAUUACAAGCUAAUUAACAAGUGAAAAGAAUGAAGUCAGAAACAAAUGUCAGUCAGUUUAAAAGUAUGUGAAGAAUCCUGUUUCCAUCUUUUAUUGAUAACUGGGAUUUCUGAGACAACAUAGAGACAGAA